CGCUUUCCCGGGUUCCCCAGCCAGACCAUGACCCAGACCCCCAAGCUCGCUUCCAGAGUGUUCCAUCGCGUCCACUGUCCUGAGCUGGGCGCCUCACUGGGCUCCAGAGGCUCGGACUCAGCGCCCCGGGGCUUGGCGGACAUCCCAGGCCCCUCCACGCCGGGCUUCCUUGCUGAACUUUUCUGCAAGGGGGGACUGUCACGGCUACACGAGCUUCAGGUGCAGGGCGCCGCGCGCUUUGGGCCAGUGUGGUUGGCCAGCUUCGGGAAGGUGCGCAGUGUGUACGUGGCGACCCCUACACUCGUCGAGCAGCUGCUACGACAGGAGGGACCCCGGCCCGAACGCUGCAGCUUCUCACCCUGGGCGGAGCACCGUCGCCGCCGCCAGCGGGCUUGCGGACUGCUCACCGCGGAAGGCGAAGAAUGGCAGAGGCUCCGCAGCCUCCUGGCCCCGCUCCUCCUCCGGCCUCAGGCGGCCGCCCGCUAUGCCGGGACCCUGCACGACGUGGUCGGUGACCUUGUGAGGCGACUGCGCCGCCAGCGGGGACUGGGCGCUGGGCCGCCCGCCCUGGUUCGAGACGUGGCAGGAGAGUUUUACAAGUUUGCACUAGAAGGCAUCGCUGCGGUGCUGCUGGGUUCCCGCCUCGGCUGCCUGGAGGCCCAAGUGCCGCCAGACAUAGAGACCUUCAUCCGCGCGGUGAGAUCGGUGUUUGUGUCCACACUGUUGACCAUGGCGAUGCCCAGUUGGCUGCACCGCCUCGUGCCGGGACCCUGGAGCCGCCUCUGCCGAGACUGGGACCAGAUGUUUGCAUUUGCCCAGCAGCACGUGGAGCGGCGAGAGGCCGAGGUAGCCAUGAGGAGCCAGGGAAAGUCUGAGGGUGACACGGGAUUUGGGGCGCACCUGACCUACUUCCUGUUCCAGGAAGAGUUGCCUGCCCCGUCCAUCCUAGGGAAUGUGACGGAGCUGCUGCUGGCUGGAGUAGACACGGUGUCCAACACGCUCUCUUGGGCUCUGUAUGAACUCUCUCGGCACCCCGAAGUCCAGACGGCACUCCGUUCUGAGAUCACAGCUGCCUUGGGCCCCAGCUCCAGUGCCCACCCCUCAGCCACUGCUCUGUCACAGCUGCCCCUUCUGAAGGCUGUGAUCAAGGAAGUGCUGAGACUGUACCCUGUGGUACCUGGAAAUUCCCGUGUCCCAGACAAAGACGUUUGUGUGGGUGAAUAUAUUAUCCCCAAAAAUACGCUGGUCACUCUGUGUCACUAUGCCACUUCAAGGGAUCCCGCCCAGUUCCCAGAGCCAAAUUCUUUUUGUCCAGCUCGCUGGCUAGGGGAUGGUCCAGCCUCCCACCCAUUUGCAUCUCUCCCCUUUGGCUUUGGCAAGCGCAGCUGCAUGGGGAGACGCCUGGCAGAGCUUGAGCUGCAAAUGGUUUUGGCCCAGAUCUUGAUCCACUUUGAGGUGCAGCCUGAGCCAGGUGCUGCCCCAGUCAGACCCAUGACCCGGACUGUCCUGGUACCUGAGAGAAGCAUCAACCUACAGUUUGUGGACAGAUAGUCCUGUGGAAGCACACUGUCAUCAUCACCGUUUCUCUCAUCAUAGGGGUUUAUCAGGCACAAGACCAAGAUAUGUGUAUUCCCCUGUGGCCUAUCUGACCAAACUGGUUAGAAAGACCAUAGCAAAGUGCUUGAAGCAGCCUUGAUCGAGGUGUGAAAUAUGCACUUGGCCUGACCCAGCAAGCCCUGAGAAAACCAUGGUCCAUUUGCCUGCUUAGCCCUUCUGGUCAAAUCAUAUGCAUCCUUCAAGGGCCAACUCUGAUUUUAACUAAUAAUGCUGGGUGGCCUGAGGAAGAAUUCGACCACUGGCCUUUUGGGGCUUCACAGUAUUCACUCUUGCUGCUGGCUAAGCACUUAUCAUGGCAUGAGCUAAGUAAUUGUGCAUCUGGUCUGCACCUGGUUGAUCUCUCUCCUUGCAUGUGAGCUCUCUGAGAUGAAAGAUGAGGUCUUAUUCUGCCUUUAUACACCCUGCCAGGGCCUAUCCCUGACUGGUUGACACCAUAUCGAUUCUCAGAUUGUAUUUGGGCAAUAUGGCAGAAGGGAUAAGCAGCUUACCAGGCGCUGUCUACCCUGCUCCUUCCUCAUCUUGCCGCUAGGAAGGUGACUCUAACCUCACCUGGUGUAUGAUUUUUAAAAAACUCUCCUUGGCUCUCUGGUCACUGUU